AUGCCACCACGUCGAGCCAGAGAUGACGACGAGCCCGACGAGGACCCGGCGCGCAUCCUGUCGGACGCCAUCGCGGUUGCAAAAAGCGACUGGAGCAGGCACCUCGCCUCGACGCGCCACCCGACCAACGACGCCAACGACGUGUUCCGCCGCAUCAUUCAGGACAUGGAGGCUGCCCACGCGACUUCGAUAGACGCCGCGGUCCGGCGGUACCAGGAGGCUCGCAGCGGCGGGGGUCUGGUGCACCUGAACAGCCAGAUGGUGGACUACAUAUUGACGCGGCUCGACGACAAGCUCCGGGUGCUCUAUCGCGUCAGCGAGGACACCAUGAGCCACCGCCUCGAGACGCACCACCGGGGCCUGCGCGCGCACGUCAGCGGCAUCUGCAACCGCAUCAUCAGAGGCCAAAUGAUUGAGGGGGCGCCCUACUUUCCCGACGAGUUCGCCACGGGCACUCAUGUCGCUGGCGCCAUUGAGCCGCCUGCCGUUGAGCCGCCCGCAGAGGAGUCGUCAGUCGAGGAGCUUGAUAUCACCGAGCUGUUCAUUUCAGGGUCGACCGUAGAGCCGCCCAUCCCCGAAACGCCUAGCACAGAGGUACCUGCCAUCAAGGCAGCCCCUAAGAAGACGACCCCGAAAAAAACAACCCCCAAGAAGGCAACCACCAAAAAGGCAGCCACGGCCAAAACACUGUCCACUACUGCGGUGCCUAUCCCAGCGGUACCAUCCGCAGCCAACGCGCCCAUCCCAACGGCAACGGCAACGGCAACGGCAACGUCCGCGGCCAACGCACCCACACCCAUCAAGAAGAGGGCCAUCGUUCCGGUGGUACCACUUACCGUAGAGGCGCCUGCAGCACCGCCCGCAGCCAAGACGCCCACGACCAAGCCAGCAGCUAUUCCUGUGGCACCGCCUGCUGCUGCGGCGCCCAUCCCAACGGCGACGCCCACAGUCAAGGCGCCCAUCAAGAAGGCAGCCGUCGUCCCGGUAAUACCACUGCCCAUGGCCAAGCCGUCUGCGGCCCCAGCGACGCCGCUCACGGUCCCCGUCAAAAAGCCGGUAAUCACCCCGGUGGUACCGCCGGCGGUCAAGGCGCCGCCCGCCUCGCCAGCGGAGUCCAAAAACGGACGCGGCCGCCGGUACAUCCGCCGUGGCGGUAGCUGGGGCGGUGGUGGCCGGGGUGGGUCUGCGCGAAAGGAGUCCACGGGGGGUGUCGAGCCGCGGCCCCCGGGCCCGUCGCUUCCUGUUCGGCCUCCCCCGCCCAUUUUGCCCACGGCCUUUUCCGCCAGCGACCUAAGCUCGCUGGGAUCCAUGCGCCGGCGGGCCAGCACGACCGGCGGCCAGACGGGCCCGACCGACUGCCCCUCGCACCUCGGCCGUCGCCAGUCGCGCGACUACACCCCCAGCCCGCCGCGCAGGGACGACAAAAAGAGGCGUUUCGAUGGCGGCGGCGGCGGCAAUUAG